AUGGGCGUCAUCCACAGAUUUCUCCCCUUCGGGAAGGACCACGUCCACGAGGUCAGAGUCAGUGGCAGCGAGGUACAACAGGACUUCAUCGGCGCCGGCGAAUUCAAGUAUACCAUCGAGCAGGGUGGCAAUGGCUCAGGCCCGAGCUAUCAAGAAGUUUCCGGGGCUCCGGUAGAAACCGACUCGCCGCUCGGAUACUCUGUUGGAAGCAUCACAAUCUUGUUCCUGAACAUCAGCAUGAUGAUUGGGACCGGUGUUUACUCUACCCGCAAGUAUAUCUGGCCCAACUGUCUGAAAUUACCGGCCGCCAUUCUGUCCGGGGUUGGCUCCGUCGGUCUCUCGUUCUUCUACUGGGUCAUUGGCUUCGUCCUGUCCGGCACUUCGCUCGCCGUCUACCUCGAGUACGCUUCGUACUUUCCCAACCGAUCUGGCGCGGAGGCGGUGUAUCUGGAACAAGCGUACCCGCGACCCAAAUACCUAUUCCCUACCACAUAUGCACUGUGGUACCUCAUUCUAUCUUUCAGCUCCAGCAAUUGCAUCGUUCUCGCCAACUAUCUUUUCCAGACCAACGGCCAUUCGCCCACGGCAUGGCAACUCAAGGGAGUGGCCGUUGCGGCGUGGACAGUGUGUAUCCUGCUUCUCAUUUUCAGCAAUCGUCUCGGAUACCUGAUUUCGAAUGCCAUCGGCGUCGUCAAGCUCUUGACUUUGAUCUUUGUCAGCAUCACCGGGCUUGUUGUACUUGGAGGUCACACUAGGGUGAAGAAUCCGACAUCACACUUCAAGCACUCUUUCUCCGGCACGUCGGAUCAACCGUACGGCCUGGCCAAUGGUCUGGUUUAUAUCAUCUUCUCUUAUGGUGGCUACAACAACGCCUUCAACGUUGUCAAUGAGGUCAAGAAUCCUAUCAAGACCAUCAAAUUCUACUCGUCCAUCUCGCUGCUCGUCGUGGCCACUCUCUAUAUUCUGGCCAACGUAGCGUACAUCGCCGCUGUGCCGCUGGAUGAGCUCAAGGCCUCACAGCAGAUUGCCGCCUCGUUGUUCUUCGAGAAGGUUUUCGGCUCCGGCCGGUCCGUCAAGGGGCUCAACUUCCUGAUCGCCCUCAGUGCGUUCGGGAAUUUGCUGGCCGGCAACAUUGGCAUAUCUAGACUUACUCGCGAAUGCGGCCGACAAGGUGUUCUGCCUUUCCCACGCUUCUGGGCCUCGACUCAACCGUUCGGAACCCCCCUUGGACCAUACUUGGUGAAGUAUAUUCUUACAGUCAUCAUGAUUCUCGCUCCUCCAGCAGGCGAUGCUUUCAACUUCAUUGUCAAUCUACAGGUGUAUCCGAAUGCACUCUACAAUGUUUUUAUCGCCAUCGGCAUCUAUCUUGUCCGCUGGCGACGCGGAAAAGCCAAGCUACCACGUGGAGUGUUCAAAGCCUGGGACGUGGCUGUCGUCUUCAACAUUCUCGUGAAUCUCUACAUGGUCGUCAUGCCGUGGUAUCCGCCUGAGACCGGCGCGGACGGCGGCAGCUACCAUUUUUGGUACGGCACUUCUUCGGUGGUGGGCAUUGCCAUCGUUGUCCUAUGCGGUCUCUACUACGUGUUCUGGAUUUACGCCAUCCCUUACUGGCGAGGCUACAGAGUUCGCCAGGAGACACUGGAACUCGACGGCGGUGCCAACACCCACAGGCUCACCAAGGUCCCCCUGGCAGAACUCGAGGAAUGGGAUCGAACCCACGACCCUAUUGGUAGAGAGAUUGACGACACCAGUACGGCCGGGGUCGAAAGCAAGACAAGUUCCAACAGUGGAGGGAAGCGAGCCACCAUCAUCGAUGAAAAUGAACCAAAGGUGUGA